AUGGAGAUAGACGGCAACACCUUGUUGCUGGUGUUUGUGUUCCUGUUCAUUUUAUACUCAAACCCUUCCGGCGAUGGAGUUACCUCGCAAUACGAAUAUAAUCAGCUCCAGACGCUUAAGGCUGAAUAUGACAUGGAACACACCCAAUUCAGCAAUUUAUCCUUUGAUAACAACUUCCGCAAUAUCACAGGUCUCAAACUGAGCUAUGGUGAUGUUCUGCGAAAACCAGAAAUCAAUGCCACAUAUCCAAUAGAGGGUAAAGAUUACGAACAUUGGUUUGCAAACCAAAAUUACACACUGAUCCCAGAUUCCAUCAGUAAUGACAUCAAAAACCAAGUCUGGCAUAUGGGACAUAAUGUUUAUCCGCCAAAUGUAACGAGCACGUUAAGAGGAAAUGUCAAAAAAGCUCACGACGGCGAAUUUGUAGCGGUGCCAAUGCCAAUACCUGAAUUCUAUAAGCCAGCACAAGAUGUGCUGCAAAAGCGUCCCAGCUUCACGGAACCAUACGAAUCCGAUCUCGGUGACUACCAAGGUUUGCGCAACAUCACUUUUAAUGAAGGUGAAAUUGUAGUAGAAAUUCUCUCAGCUGACACGAUAUCAGGACUCUACGAAAGAGAGAUCCGUUUCCACAAUACGCAAAGCGACAAAUGGCGGUUUUUGCAUAUGAACAUCCAUUUUUCCGAUUACGCAGAGAAUGAAAAACAUGAAAUUCGAACUAAGGCUAUUUACGACAUAAGAAACGGUCGAAUUCUGGCCAUUUCGGAAACUGCCAAGUUUCAUUCUCUUUUCGCUCUUCCGCAUUACAUGAACUUAAAAGACGAAAAUGAGUCCACUUUCAACCAGGUGAAGACUUUGGUCGAAGAAUAUUGGAAUGCCACGGAUUUUGUCAACACUCGAUCAAUGCCAUAUUUGCAAAAUUCGUACGCAGCUGCUAGCACGAGCUGUGAAUUUUUGGCGUUUCUGCAGCUCGAACCAUGGUGGGGGCUUUCACAGGAGCAAAUAAAGACCAUCGACCAAGAACUGACGUGGCCGCUCGGAAGACGUGCCAAUCUCUCGUCGUUACCGCCCGUGAAUAUUUCGUCUGGCUUGAUCUAUUCUCCCGAUUGCGGGGUUCGUUUACAAAUGAAAGGAGUUGCCGGUUUGCGCUAUGAGCUGCAGGUCCGAAUGAUGAGAAACUUGUUAUUACUUGGGGCCGUCCUGUUGGCGUCCCAGAUAUAUCUGCUGUUGCGUCAAAUGCAACAUACCAACACGCCCUCCAUGGUCAACAAAAUCUCAUACUGGAGUCUUUCAUUGAUGAAUCUUGUUGAUGGAGUCCUUGCCAUCAUUUUUUUUGUCAUGACCACUUCAUUUGCCGCAUUAUACCAGCCCUUGAUUGUUUGUUCCUUUGCUUGCUUAAUCUUGGCCUCCGUCUUCGAAAUGAGGUACAUGAUCUCUGUGUAUGCUUCGCAAGUCAACGAACGCAACGUCAGCAUAUUCACUUUACUGCGGCGCAACACCGAUGGGGAAGAACGCACGACGCCAACAAUUAUUCCUGACGAAGCGAGUAUCAGUUCAUCGCUGUACCGCAGUUAUGUUUUCAAAAUGCUGUUUUCCAUGAUAGUGAUUCUCAGUAUGUUGACCUGGCCACGCGAUGUGCGCGCCCCUGUGGAAAGUUUUGGAAUUUUCGUCCUCAGCUCCUACUGGGUACCGCAAAUCGUUCGCAACGCUGUGAAGGGCAACUUGCCUCGUAGAACUGAAACCGAUUUUGCCAAUGGUGUCUCUUCGCGGCAACGUCAAUCCAAACCACCACUUUUAUGGAGCUUCGUGAUCGGUACAUCGGUGAUUCGAUUUCUUCCCGUGGCGUACGUUUAUAGCGUGUCUUCGAACGUCUUUUAUCAUCACCAAGAUCGGAGAUUCGUGGCCGCUGUUGCCCUGUGGCUUUUCAUUCAAGUGGCCCUCUUGUAUUCCCAGGAUAUUUUUGGAGGACGCUGGUUCUUGCCAAACUACACAAUCCCAGACGGUUACAAAUACCACAAGGCCAUAUCGUCAGGCGAGCUACUUGAGCACGGAAGCUCCGAAAAUCACACCAUAGACUGUGCCAUCUGUAUGAAUGAUGUUGCAGUCUACGUUGAAGACAUACCAGAAACACACAAGGUUGACCAGCAGGACUAUAUGGUAACGCCCUGUGGACACAUCUUUCACACAAAUUGUUUGGAAAACUGGAUGAGCUACAAACUACAAUGUCCCGUCUGUAGGGCGCCUUUACCACCACUCUGA